AUGGAGUCGCCCACAAUUAAAGUCGUCGGAGGGAAAAGUGGACGUGGAGACUGCUUGACCGGAGAGAAAUAUGUCGGAGGAGGGGGGGAACUCGCAGAGGAGGACAACGGAGACGAGAUGGGAGGGACACGGGCCACGGGAGGGAUGGAUGAGCAGGCGGAGGAGAGGUGGUCGCAGCAGCCGGAGGAGAGGUGUUGGGAGCGGCAGGGUCUGGAGGAGCGUGGAGCCAUGGCUGAAACAGAAAGAGCAACAGCCAGCAGGCAGCCAACGACACAAGGCAGGAUCUGA